AACAAAAGUUUUUGAAUUAAGUUUUAAAGAGUUUUAUUAAUCAUGGGUGUACCCAAGUUCUUCCGUUAUAUGAGUGAGCGCUAUCCUUGCCUCAGUGAGCUUGUUAAAGACUAUCAGAUCCCAGAGUUUGAUAAUCUGUACUUAGAUAUGAAUGGUAUUAUUCACAACUGUUCGCAUCCAAAUGACGAUGAUCCACAUUUUCGUAUAACAGAAGAGACUAUUGUUAAAAAUAUUUUUCACUAUUUGGAGGUAUUAUUCCAAAUGAUUCAACCACAAAAAUUGUUCUUUAUGGCUAUUGAUGGUGUUGCUCCUCGAGCAAAGAUGAAUCAACAACGUGGCCGACGUUUUCGAUCAGCCCAUACGGCUGCAGAACAAACGAAAGAAGCGAUUUCUCGAGGUGAAACGUUGCCUUCAGAAGAACGCUUUGAUUCUAAUUGUAUCACACCAGGUACUCCAUUUAUGGUACGUUUGCAAACUGAGCUUGAAUACUUUGUUGCCGAUAAAAUGUCCAACGAUCCAUUGUGGACCAAGGUUCAGGUGAUAUUAUCUGGACACCAGGUACCUGGUGAGGGUGAACAUAAAAUUAUGGAUUACAUUAGAUAUAUGAAGUCUCGCCCUGGAUAUAACCCUCAUACGAGACAUUGUCUCUAUGGUUUGGAUGCAGAUUUAAUCAUGUUGGGACUGUGUACACAUGAACCAUACUUUUCAUUGCUCAGGGAAGAGGUCAAAUUUGGACGUAAAGCAAAAAAAGAAACAUCGGUGGAUGAAACACAAUUUUAUCUUUUGCAUUUAUCAUUAAUGAGGGAUUAUCUUGGAUUAGAAUUUCAAGAACUCAAAGAGACUUUACCUUUUGAAUUUAAUUUGGAGUCCAUUAUUGAUGAUUGGGUAUUGAUGGGUUUUCUAGUUGGUAAUGAUUUUAUUCCACAUCUACCUGAUCUUCAUAUUUCAAAAGGAGCCUUGCCAAUAUUAUACAGAGUUUAUAUGGAUAUUCUUCCUAAAGUUGAAGGUUAUUUGAAUGAACAAGGAACAUUAAAUCUAAAACGGUUUCAAAAAUUUAUGGAAACUUUGGCUAAUUUUGAUUAUGAUCAAUUCCGAGAUACUUAUGCUGAUAUAAAAUUCUUAGAAGGGAAACGUACUGCAAAUACUACAACUUCUAAUAAAGUUAAUAAUGAUCCUGCAUACAAAGAUGAAUUAGCUGCUUUAAUAAAAGACACAGAUAGAAUACUAUUGAGUGAUGAUGAUGAUGAAGAUGAGUUUGAAGAAACUGAAGAUGAAUCCAUAAUGGCUGAAUUUAAUUUGCAUAAAGAAAAUUAUUAUAAAAAUAAACUUGAUUAUAAUGUUGUUACAGAUGAUGUAAUGCGUUCACAAGCUGAAGGAUAUAUCAGGGCGUUGCAAUGGAAUCUAAAUUAUUAUUAUAAUGGUUGUUGUUCAUGGGCUUGGUAUUAUCCACAUCAUUAUGCCCCAUAUAUAUCCGACAUUAAGGGUUUUGAAAAUCUUAAAAUAGACUUUGACUUGGGUCAACCAUUUUUGCCAUUUGAACAGCUAUUAGCAGUAUUGCCAUCACUUAGUAAAGAACUGUUACCUAAACCUCUUCAAGAUUUAAUGACUGAAGAAGCUAGUCCAAUUAGAUUAUAUUAUCCUGAAAAAUUUGAAACUGAUCUUAAUGGCAAACAACAUGAAUGGGAAGCUGUUGUACUUAUCCCUUUCAUUGAUGAAGAAACUUUAAUUAAGUCUAUGAAAAUGGUUGAACAUAAAUUAACAGCAGAUGAGAAAAAUAGAAAUACUCAUGGUCCAAUGCAUCUUUUUAAGUACACAAAGAAAAGUCUUGGCACUGGUUCAAUUUCAAAAUAUUUUCCAUCAAUUGAAGAUAGUCAUGCCGAGAAAAUAGCUAUAAAUCGUGAAGAUAUUUUUGUUGACAUAGGUGACCUAAUUAAAGGUUUAUAUCCAGGCGUACAAAUGGAUGUUUAUCAUGUCGGAUUUCCAUCACUUCAUCUUAUUCCAAUUACAGCUCAAUUACAAAGACGUAAUGUAAAAGUAUUUCAAUCGCCUAGUUUGGGUGAAAAUAUGAUUAUAAAAAUUGAUAGUAAAGAUGAAAAUGAUACUGAAAGUAUACAACACAUUGCUAAGGAAUUGCUUGGAAAUACACUCUAUGUAAAUUGGCCUCACCUUGAAGAAAUUAAGGUUACAGCUGUUUCAAAUACAACAGUUAAAUUAUCAUUUAAUGAGGAUGAACAAUUGAUAAUACGAGAAAUGAGUGAAACAGAUAUACAAGAGUUUAAUCUGCUUGCCCAAGGCAUCGCUAAGAUGUUUAUUACAACACGUGGUAUUGAGAUUGGUAAGACUCAUGUAUUAUUGCGUGGUCAAACUUUAAAAGGAACCAAAUACGUGCCAAGACAAGAUGGAAGUGGAGUCGAUCUCAUAAAAGUUUGGAAUGAAAUCCCAACAACAAUUGCCUAUCAAACAUCUGUGCCUGGCUUGGAAGUAAUUGAUCCUAGUUUGAAAGAUAGUUAUUUUUCUCUGGAAGAAUAUUUUCCUCUUGGAAGUAAAGUGUUUGUCCUCGAUGCUCCAUUUUAUGGUUGCCAAGCAGAUGUACUUGGUGGUUUUAUAUCUUCAAGGGUUAAAAUUAAUAUAAUACUUGAACCAGAACCCUAUGUUCAUGAUUUGAAAGAAUGCCUUGAAUCCGUUUCUACAGAACUUUUUUAUGCUAAUACUGCAGCAUCUAAACUCUCAAUCAAUUCACAUUUACUUGCUAAGAUUACUGGAACAAUAUUUUUAGCAGUUGAGACUUAUGAAGAUAGGAAUGAAAAAAGAAUGAAUAUUGGAAUGAACCUUAAAUCAAAUAAACGAAAUGAAGAAGUUGUUGGAUUUACAAAAAAAUUUGAUAAUGUUUGGAUGUAUUCACAAAAAACAAUAGAUUUGUUGGGAGAGUAUAUUCAAAGAUUUCCAGAGUUAAUAAAUGUUUUAUUGAGUACAGAAAGUUCCAAGGAUACUUAUAAGUCUGAAGAUAUGUUUCCAGAUCCAAGUACAAGAAAACAAAAAUUAGAUGAUCUAAAAAAAUGGCUUAGUGAAAUUCGUUCAUUAACUAAAGAUAAGCAAACCUGUGGAUCAAUGGAACCAUCUAAAGUAGCUGCUGUGGAAAAAUAUAUGGAUCAAUUUAUCGCAGAAAACAAAAAACACAAAAAAACUGUGACAUUAAGUGUGAAAUCACAAAAUCUUUUUAAACCAAUAACUAAGCUAGACAAAUUAAAAGCUGAUGAAGGAGCAGACACGCGGGUAUUAGACCGUAUAGUGUGUAUUAGAUCUUCAUAUCAAGUUCCUCUUGGUUUCAAAGGCACAGUAGUCAGUAUUUCUAAAUCAAAUAUUGAUACCGAAGUUGUAUACAGUGUUAUAUUUGAUAAGGAGUUUCCAAAUUCUGUAUCAUUUGGUGGUUCUACAAACCGUGGGUAUAAAUUGUGUAGAAUGUCAUUCAUAAACUUGUCACACGCCAUACGCAAUGGGUUGUAUAAACCCUUAAGUGUAAAAAAGACAGUAAAUCAGACUCAUAAUUCAGAGAAACAGAACACCCAAUUGAGUAUAUGGGAACAUUUGCAGUCAAAUAGUAAUGGAUCAGAAAUCAAACUUAAAUCUCGAGAUGAAAAAAUCACAUUAGCUCCAAAAGAAUCAUGGCGACGUCAACAAAAAAAAGAAUCUCAGAGUCUAAACAAAAUAAAUAAAAUUUUCCAAACGCCUACGGAAACAGCUAAUGAUGAACAGCAUAUUAAUAAUAAUUCCAUCAAAAUACAAUUGAAUGCUGAAGCAUGUGAAUUUAAAACAAUAGCAUUAAAGAAAAUGUUGAAAAUCCAACCAGAAGAUAAUUUUGUUCCAGCUCAAAAUGAAAUUGAACCAGAAUAUUAUUCUAAUAAACCAGUAAAUUAUUUACCAAAAACUUCACUUCAUGAACUAAAAACGGUAGAACUUCAAUGUUCUAAUUACAAUACUAAUGAACAAGUUAAUGCAAAUGUAAUUCCAAAACUCAACAGCUCAAUGGAAAGCACAGUUCAAGUAACUAAUGAAAAGUCUCCAAUGGUUUUGGCAUUAGAAAAGUAUUAUAUACAGAAAGGUUAUAGUCUUCCAAAGUAUAGUUUUUUAAAUCUAGUAGAUGAUAAUGGUUUUAAAAUGUAUUGUGCAGAAGUGAUUUUACCAAAUGGUGUUACAAUACGUGGUGAACCAAAACAUUCAUAUAUUGAGGCAUCUGAAGAAGUUGCUUCUCGUGCAUUGGUUAUUGUUCAACAAAUGGAUGCUAAUAAAAAUAAUGAACACUCUACUCAGAACAAGCCUCCAAAAUCAGAUCGAAGAGUUGUGCCUCCUCAACAAGCACCAUCCAAUGUGUUUAUGAAUUGGAUAACUUCUUUUCAGUCUCAAUCUUCUUAUCAGCCACCUCAACAGUUACAUCAGCAGCAGCAGCAGCAGCAGCAACAACAACAACAACAAAUUCAACAGCCGCAACCACAAUUACAGCAGCACCAGCAACCACAAUUACAGCAGCACCAGCAACCCCAAUUACAGCAGCACCAGCAACCUCAAUUACAGCAGCACCAGCAACCACAAUUACAACAGCACCAGCAACCACAACAGCAACAGCCCUAUCCACAAGUGCCCCAAUAUUUUGAGCAUUCCUCACAACACUUCCGACCACCAUUUCAACAGUUUCCACCUGGAUUUUCAGUUCCUGCUCAACAGUCAUUUCAAAUACCAUAUCCACAACAAAUGUAUAGACAGCAGAAUCCUAUUGGUUUCCCACUUCAACAGCAACAGUUUUUCAACUAUCAGCAAGAAUUACAAUAUUCCAAAGCAGUACCAGUUUUCACAAGUUUGGUAAAUCCAUCUCAAUUACCACAACCACCUGUUCAUUGGCAACCUACCAACAGAAAUUUAUUAAAUAAUGAAUAUGUAAUGAAUACUAUCCCAAACACUUAUCAACAACCUCAACAAAACAUGAACUAUCAGCAAUAUGUGUCAACAACGCCAAAUGAUAUGCCAAUGAAUGAACAGUACAUGUCAAGUAACAGAGUAAUGAUUCCAAGUCCUUCGAGUGCAUUUACAUCAGCAGCUAAUGACCAGUCCACAUCCAAUCGUAAAGUAAAAGUAGCUGCAAAUUUUAACUUUUCACAACAAUAAAUGCUCGUUUUUUACUUAAUAUACUAAUCUUAUUUUCAAAUAUAUUCAUAAAGUGGAAAGUAAUUUUAAAUUGUAGUUUAUUUUUAGGUAAAACAUACAUUGAUUGGGUAUUUUAAUAUAUUUACUAAAUUUAAUUUUAAAAAUUGGCCAGCAUUUUCUUACCCUGGAAAAUUAGAUUGAUAUUAAGCAUUUUAAUUUGUUUUUUUUUUGUAUAGAUUAUUUUAAGAUUGUAUUAUUGAGUUCAUCAUUAUUUUAAACUUGAUGUGUAAUUUUUUUAAUU